CUGUUAACAAGAUGGUGGAAAUAUUUACGUAAAAAAGUUAUCACAAUUUUUCAUGAUUUAUGAAACGGUAGAAAUUGCCAAUGUGCGCAACAAUGGCAAAAGACGACAUAUACAUCAAUACAGAAUCUCCUGGGAAAAUAAGAACCAGAAAACCGGAGUGUGACUCCCCAGAAACGGUGUUUGAUAGCAAUGACAAAACAAUUCAUAGCGGGCAUUUUAUGAUGUCCUAUGUCCAUGAUGCUGAUGACGAAGAUGAUAGCCCCACGGAGAAUAAAGGAUUUAAUUUUAAAGCUGCUACACAAGAGACAUCAAACACCUAUCAAUUUGGACCCAAGAAUACUAAUUCCAUCUCCAUUGAUUCAUCACUCACCAAACUUUUUGAAUGCCUCACACUCGCAUACAGUGGUAAACUGACAUCACCAAGAUGGAAAACAUUCAAAGGUCUCAAGCUGAUGCUAAAAGACAAGAUACGAUUAAACAACAUGAUUUGGCGGGAAUGGCAUAUGCAAUAUAUUCAAUUCAAGAAACCUGUGGUGUCCCAGUUUGCAACUCCAAUCACAGAUGAGUCGCACUCUAAACCAGAGGCGGUUGUGUUGGAAGGGAAAUACUGGAAGAGAAGGCUAGAUACAGUCACCUGCGAAUAUCAGAAAUGGCGGGAAUUUUUUAAAUUGCGUAUUCAGCGGGAGUAUCAAAGAAAUAAUGAGGAUGUACCAACUGAAGUUCUGUUGGACAGGGUGGCCCAGCAAAAUGUUUUCCAUCUCAUUCAAUCACACAAUAUGCAGACGGAUGAUAUGCAGUUGUUAAUGGAUGAUGAUUACGCCAUGGACCUGUCAGACACACUUUUCUCAACUCUUAAUCAGCCGUUUCAGUUCCCAAACCCUAAAGAGAUGUCUUGCGACACAAUCACCGAGGAAUCAAAACGGCAGAAUUACUAUCAUGUCCGCAAUCUGCGAAGUCUAGAGCCAAAAGUUUUCAUUGAUAAGCGUAGUUCCCGCGGUUCUGGAAGUCACGGCAAUGCACCGUACAGGAAAGCUCACUUUGGCAACGCAGAUAUAAUCCAGCCUGGCCUUGUUCAGCUUCAGCCUAGCCUAGAUGACUACAUGAUGGACACAUUUGAACCAUUACAUGACAUGUUGAUGGGAAAAGCUGUUACAUCCAGUCAGACGAAUAUGUUGAUUGACAGUCUGCCACCAUCACUACAGAAUGACCUAUUUGGGAUGUCACAACAGAGUGUUGAUGCGCAAGUAACACCAUUUAUAGACUCUAGCAACAACCUGCCAGCAUUCAGUGGACAGCUUGAGGGAACAUUUGGCAGCCUCAGCAAUCAAAUCCUAAACGAGCAAAUCCUAGAGCAGGCCUUACUGCAAGCUCAGGUGAAUAGUCAGCUGCAAACUGUCAAUACGGCACAACUGAAUUCUGCAGUUAGCCCAGUCAGCCAACAGCAACAAAUUCAGAGCUCAUUACUGCAGUCAGGCCAGCUUGGCAACCAGAAUGUCAACCAACAACUGGUUCAGCCCAUGAUGCAAGAUAACACAGUCUUUAAUACAGCCUUUAACCAAACACAGGACUCUACUAGUCAACUAUCAACGAACUUGCUCAACGGAGGAGAAAAUCAAAUAAAUCAGUUAAACUCAAAUAGAACUCUAUCCAUGGGGUUGAGUACAAUUUCUGACUCUUUCAGCCAGUUGGUUGGUAAUAGUGCCACUGAGGCACCCUCUGUGAGACAGAGAAGUCUGUCAGGGGGGUCACUGCCCUCACUUAAGGUCUCCAAUAACAGGAGCCAGGGGGUGCCAUCUGCAGCUGCCACUCUUGCAUCUGCCGCUUCAACGCUGUCUAAAGAUGGUGAUUUUGCUGUUCCUAAGGGCCGACCUGCAGGGCGGUCCAAGCUAAAAGCAAUAGCGCCUCAGAUCAAGUCUGGGACUCCCGGUGCUGUUAACGCAAACACAAACACCUUCCUAGCCCAACUACUCACUAAAGGUACAUAUUCUGGUGCUGGUCCUGCCUCAUUUAAAGCCACAAAAUCACUGAGCCCAAGCUCACCAAGCAACUUCACACCAAUACGUCCCCAUCCAUCAGCCUCAUCACCUCCCAGCUCUGUGAUGUCAUCACUCUCCAACUCUGUGAUGUCAUCACUCUCCAACUCUGUGAUGUCACCUGUGAAGUCACCAGUUGCUAGGAUACCAUCACCUGCUAGUGUCACUAUCCUAAGUCCAAUGACUGAGUUCCAAAAGAAAGUAAUCAGUGCAGCUGCUAACCAGGCAACUAGGACCCCAAGUACUACCACUGCAACACAAAAGACACCUCCUGCGCAACCAAGCCCUUCUAGAAAACAGGCAGAUACUUCUCCUGAUAUUGAGGUUGCUGAACAAGUUUCCGACAAACAUCACUUGAAAUAUGCACAGCUUUCUCAGCCUGUUAAAAAUGACACAGAGUUCAUACCCAGUACUAGUGGUGGAAAGAAGGUAAUAGAAACAUACAGGGAGCAGAGACACAGGUCUUCAGAGCAGAAACGUAGAUGUAACAUAAAGUAUGGCUUUGAAGCACUACAGACCCUCAUCCCAUCCCUCAGUCAGAACCCCAAUGUCAAGGUCAGCAAAGCUGCCAUGCUAUCUAAAGGUGCUGAAUAUAUCAGGAAGUUGAAGAGUGAGCGCCAAAUCAUGCAUGACGAGGCAGAAGUAUUACGACAAGAGGUGGAAUCUCUCAACUCUGCUAUCAAUACAUGUCAGUCACAGCUUCCAGCGACUGGUGUGCCAGUAACAAGACAACGUGAAGACAAGAUGAAGGAGAUGUUCGAAGAAUAUGUUCGUAACAGAACAAUAUCCAAUUGGAAAUUCUGGAUUUUCAGUACUAUAAUCCGACCGCUCUUUAUCCAGUACAACACUAUGGUAUCAACAGCUAGCAUUGAUGAACUUUGCCGUACAGUGCUCUCGUGGCUAGAUCAACAUUGCUCUCUUGUCUCCCUCAGACCAGGAGUUCUUCAGUCGCUGACAACUCUCAGCACAACAACGUCCAUCCUUUCAGACCCAUCCAAUAUGCCAGAACAGGCGGCCAUGGCUGUGCAGAGGAAGUCGAGGUAGCCAUGGUUACUAUUGUGAUGUCAUCGUGGUUGCCAUUGUGAUGUCAUUGUACAUAGAAUGUAAACAAUAUGCCAGAGCAGGCGACCCUAGCUGUAUAGUGGAAGUUU